UGUCACACGAAGAGAAACGCACAAGAAAAUAAUCUGGGACAAAUUGUUCGCUGCAGGCCUACGUAGAUUAUCCGAACACGUUUCCUGCUAAAGUAGAAAGGAUCAAAUGGUUUUUGAAAAGAAGUCUUCGGCCCGUGUAGCGGAGGCAGGACAGAGGCGUGUGUUGGACGAUGCAACACGCCAGCGGAGGUUAAAUCGCCAGCUGGAUGCUCUAGAGAAGGACAACUUCCAGGAUGACCCUCUCUCCUCCCUGCCUCCAUCUGGUCCUACCGCCCGCCUGCCCGCCUUUAGUGAAGGAGAGGAACCCGGUAAGAAGAAGAGGAAAACUAGAGGUGAUCACUUCAAACAGAGAUUUCGCAAAAACUUCCAGACUCUACUAGAAGAAGAGAAUGUGUCUGAGAGGGAGGAGCCUAACUACCUGUCAGCUGCAGCCCCUCCCUCCUCGCUCCCCCCUCGUCUGUUCUGCUCCGUCUGUGGAUUCCCCUCCUCCUACACCUGCUGCUCCUGUGGGGGGCGCUACUGUUCCACACGUUGUCUUAUCACACACAGAGAGACCAGGUGUCUGAAGAUGACUCUGUAGCAGCUGAUCUGACUAUACCUGGUCAUGCUCACAAAAUGGGGAUGGUAAAUUCCUCCACCUGUAGCUGUAUAGAAUGUUACAACACAGGAACGGCGCUACAGAUAAUGACCGUGUACCAGAGAUGCUAUGGAGAGAACACUACCAGACAAGUAAUGGGGAACGCUACCAGAAAGUUACAAACAUGCACACAGUGGCUCAGCACUCUGCAGUGUGACGUCAGUGUUGUGGAGUAGGGUCUGAAGCAGCAGUGGUGCGUGGGUAAAAUCACUGGGGAAGCCAGAAAAAAAGCCAUAUUACAACCUAUGUGUUGUGAUAAUUGCAUUGUUUGCUCUAUAACUUGUUAAUUCAGAUUACUUCACGAAUAGGUCUAUCACUCUGUCAUACAGUACACACUUUAUUUUUUUGUUGUCCUAGGUUACCUGGCUAAAAUGCUUGCUCGCUAGCUUAACUUUUAUUCAUGGGAAAUGUUAGCUAGUUAACAUUAGCCUUCUACAUCUAGCUACAUAUUGAACUUCCAUCCUCUCAGGCCAGGGGCACAACAUUGUAUGAAUUUAUGGUUGGAACAGAAUCGCCGUUAUAAUCAUUGGUACGGAGAAUUAAGUAGAACCACAAAUCCCUAUCUCCAUCCAUGGCUAAUUUAAGAAAGGGACAACUUAGCUAGCUAGCCACCAGAGGACAACAACACAACGAGAUGCAACAAUUCAAUUUGUUUCUGUCAAUGACGUAUGCUCUCAGUGCGUUUUGAUAGGAGUGAUGCCAAAAUCUAAGCUGGCUUCCAAAAUUUACUUGGUCAAUUUUUGGGGGAAGCUUGGCAACCAUGAAUACACGCCACUGGUCUGAAGGGGGCGGAGACUGGGCAGGAGGAAGGGAGGGGUUUGUGUAGUGGGGGGGAUCCCAGGGACUGACUAUCUUUGUCUGUUUGGUCUGUCUGACUUUGCUGUAAUGAUUUAAUUAAACAUGUUUGAUUAUGA